AAGAGCAAUGACCGCUGCAGAAUUUUGCAAACUGCUGAAGUAGAAACCAACUGCCCCUGCAGGUGGCCCUUGCUGUGUACUUCUAAAUAAGCUUGUUGUCGUUUGGACUUCUCUCGUUGAUCGCAAUUAUGGAAGAAAAAAACAACUGCAUUCGUCUUCAUUAUUAUUUUUGACCUCACGUUCAUCGUCGCUCAUUGAUCAUCGCGCUGGCAAAGCACCGUGCACAGAGAAGAAGAAGCGCUCGUGGUUUUCAGCCGUGCGUUCCGUGCUGGUCACUCAUCGAUUCGAGCAGGCAGGCGAUUCAGCACCUUGCGUCGAAACCCGUCCAGCAGCAGCGUUUUGGACGGUCACGCUGAAGACCCCGUUUCCGCGGCGUCCCUGCAGUCUGCCGGAGACGCAAGGCCAAAGACGGCGUCAGCGUCCCGCCGCCAUCUUGUCAAGCUACCUUGACCGACCGUUGCCAUGGCGGACGUAGAGCGCCAGAAAUGGUCGAACAAGAUCGAGUUCAUCCUCUCUUCCAUCGGCCUGUCCGUCGGCCUGGGCAACGUCUGGCGCUUUCCGUACGUGGCCUUCGACAAUGGCGGAGGGGCGUUCAUGGUGCCGUAUAUUGUCCUCAUGCUCGUCCUGGGUCGCCCCAUGUACUACUUGGAGCUCGUCCUGGGCCAAUUCGCCAGCAACGCGCAGGCCAGGGCCUUCGGCGGAUUCCCUCUCGCCAAGGGCGUGGGAUGGGCCAUGGUGUACGCGUGCGCGUUCAUCAGCCUGUACUACAACGUGAUCUUGGGCUACGCGCUGCUCUAUCUCGUCUACUCCUUCAGCGGGACGCUGCCGUGGACGAGCUGCGACUACUCCGAUUGGGCCGACAGCGACUGUUACAACCCUCGGCCGGGCGUCGUGCCGUGCCGGACGGUCGAACCGCGCCUGCUGAGGCUGUACGCGGGAGAGAACUACACGGGGCCCGACGCGCACGCCAUCCUGCACGGCUCCGACGUGGUGCUCGUGCCGCGGCAGGCCUACGAGCUCCUCGCCAACUCCUGCACCAUGGCCACCCAGACGGCGCCCGAGCAGUUCUUCUAUCGCCAUGUGCUUGGACUGAGCAGCGGCAUCGAGGAUCUGGGCUCGCUACAGCCUCGGCUGGCCAUUGCUCUCGUCGUGUCGUGGUUGUGCGUGUACCUGUGCAUCUUUAAGGGAAUCAAGUCGGCGGGAAAGGCGGUCUACGUGACGUCACUGGCUCCGUUUCUCAUCCUGGGCAUGCUGUUCGUGCGUGGCAUCACUCUUCCGGGAGCUUCGGACGGAAUCCGGUUCUACCUGGUGCCCGAUUGGUCGAUCAUCAUGCGCGCAAGGGUGUGGAAGAACGCUGCCGAGCAGAUAUUCUACUCGCUUAGCCUCGCCGAGGGCAUGAUCAUCUGCUUUGGCGGAUUCAACGAAUUCAGGAACCGGCUUCACAAGGACGUGCUCGUUGUGGCAGCGGCCGACUUCGUGGUGAGCCUGAUGGGCGGCAUGGUGGUCUUUUCGGUGCUCGGCAACAUGGCGUACAACAUGGACGUUCCCGUCAACGACGUCGUCUCUUCCGGCGUCGGACUGGCGUUCAUCGCGUAUCCGCAGGCUCUGAGUAUGAUCGCUUACCCGCAGAUCUGGUCGGCCGCCUUCUACGCGAUGCUGUUCUUCCUCGCCAUUGAUACGGAGUUCUCGUCGGUGGAGUGCCUGCUGACGCCGUUCAAGGACCAGUUCCCGGCGCUGCGGUCGCACGGCCCGCUGUUGUCUUUCGCCGUGUGCGCGCUCAUGUGCGUGUUCGGCAUGCCCAUGGCCAGCCAAGGGGGCCUCUACAUCCUCACUGUGAUGGACACCUACCUGGGCGGAUACCUGCUGCCGUGGAUCGGACUCGCCGAGCUGCUCGUCGUCCUGCUCGGUUACGGACUGACACGCUUCUGCGCCGACAUCGAGUUCAUGACCGGCGACCAGCCCGGCGUGGCGCUCAAGAUCUGCUGGGCCGUGUUCUGCCCCUUGUGCCUCACGUGGAUCGUGAUCGCCGACCUGUUUCUGUACGGCGAACCGCUGACGCUGGGCGAGUACGCGUUUCCGACGUGGGUGAACGUGGUCGGCACGUACACGGUCAUCGUGGCCGUCAAGAUCAUCGCCGCCUUCGCCCUCUACCACUUGCACAGCUGCGGAUACGACCUGCACAAGGCCCUGCUUCCGUCGCACAACUGGGGACCUAAGGACCCCGUAGACCAUCGCGAGUACCUGUGCUUUCUGCGACAGCGGGGCAUGAGCCGCCUGUCCGAGCAAGACCCGCAGCUGUUGCCGCCGCUGGAAGACAAAAGCGGCACCGUUUCGUCGCGGGUGCCCCCUGUCGGCCUCGAUCACCCCGUGCCGCUGGCGGAAGCAGCAGCGCCCCUGCCGGAUAAUGCGCCGGCGAAUCCUGACGUCACGCCCGACUUGCCUGACGUGCACGCCGCGCCACCUGCCGCCAUUACUUCUGGCGCCAACAUAACGGCCGCCAUCUAAGAUCCUAGAUGUGUUGAUGGACAUGGCGACGUCUCUUGUCAUCGAAUAAUAUUGUUUCGUGUUUUCGGGACGUUUAUCUUGGCGCGCGUCUCGCUGUAUAUAACGCUUGCCCAUUAUCCUUAAUUUUCUCACUUUUGCUUCGUGAAAUUAUCCAUUCAGAAAAGCGAUUGGCUGUGUACUUGCACCGAAGAAGUAAUCGUAAACGCGUAUCGUUACGUGAACUAGCGAAAAUAGAAAAGACGAGAUCUGUCGCAAGCACGCACUUCGAGUUGAACAAUGGGAGCCACUUGGGGAUCGACACAAUCGUUGCAACCACGCUGCGUACUUGUGCAGCUUCUUCUUUAAAGAUAGAUUUUGUUGAGCACGUAGGUUCGGUGUUCGCAUGUAUUUUACUGACGUGAUUCGCGAAGGGUAUGCUUGUCUUGAAGCUUCGAGUGUUUACACCGAAUGUAAAACCUCGUUGUAGUUAACAUUUGGUUCAUCCUGUGCUUUCCCACUUCUCCCAUUUUUAAAUGCGCGCAGCUUAGUCUUGACCGCCAUCGCGUGCUUCUGCUUUAAUCUCGCAAUGCUGAUGUCUGGUGUGAACUGUGUCCUGUGUAUGUAUUGUGUGCUCUUUGACGCUCUUGUACGCCACCUGUUAUCCUGCGCUCCACUGGCAGCGUGUCAUUUAGGCAAGCUGCCAAACCCGAGUGACUAUCACGUCCAAUUCUAUGCCGACGGUGUAUAACGGCCUACGGAGUUGUAAGCUGGCCGAGCGAAAUUCCCUCAUGUCGUGACUACUCUUUGCGUGUCAUGGCAUGAUGGCCACGUUUGAUUACUGCACUUGCGUCUCCGGCACACACUGGUUCACCUAAAGCUUUUGCAACGUGUUCGUGGACGUACGCGUCACAAGAAAAGUGGCAAUCGUAUGCAACGUGUCAAGCCUCAUUAAAUUGUAAUUCUAAAUCUAGUCACGGAUUCGAAAAGCGGUACAUAAACAGAUCUGGUUCUCCCUCGUGAGUAUAUUAUUCAGCACAUCGUCGUCGUCGUGCUGAACACUACCAAUAAUCAGUAGCAUCAUCACCUUUUAUAUCUACUGCAGGAUGAAAGCCUAGCUCCCCCAGUGUUCUUCAACUGUACCUUUCUUGCGUGAACUUACUCGAUGCUGUACUGGCAAAUUCCCCAAUUAUGUCACAUCCGUCUUUAUAACAUGUGGGUAAAGCGAUAAUUUUGCACCUCUGUGAACGAAGUGAAAUGAUGUACACAGGAUCUCCCGCUCCUGAGUUCAGGGACCAACUGUUAACCUACAACCAGAUCACCAAGCACUAUUACUUAGGCGCAGGGAAUUCCCCCUGCCAUAUUCUAAAUUAAGUAGGCCACGGGCGGUUACAUUAAGGCUUUUGCAGACACGAAUGUACCUAACCCGGUCAUCAUGAAUAAAAUUAAUCCGGACUGCGGGGUCUAUUGUAGUAAGUGUGGGGGUUGCUCGAUUUAGAACACCUGCUUUGGCGCUGCUUGGAGUUGGCCGGUGACGGUUCUCGAGGUGGGCAGUAGUGGCAGCGGAUGCUGCACAGUGAGUUGCUGGCGGACCGAUUCAGGGCUGUCCAGAGGGCUCGUGUGACGGCAGAAGGGCUCGACCGCCCUGUCCCGACGUGGGAGCGGCCCGUAUCAGUCCCAGACGGAUCUCUCAGGACCUAAAUACAGUUCUUCAUACCAUACCAUACGCCAGG